GCGAAGCCUUAUUGCAUGAGCAACGUUCAACUCCCGCGAACAGUCGCUGUUUUGUUGUUCAGGAUCACCCUUGCAGAACGCAGUGCGCAGAAAUCUCACGGAGCCAAAAGAGUCGCCUACGCCAUGCUGAUAAUCACUCUGCUGCUGAUGAUGUGGGCGUCCGUGGUGCGGAUGCACGAGCUGCCGGUCCAAUAUCCGCCGUGCUUCUUCAAUCCGCUCUGCACUUGCUCGAAGGCUAUACCGGAUCUGGGCAUCGUGGCAUGCUACAAUGUGCCGAUGCCGCGAAUACCACAACCGAUUAACUCGUCCAAAGUGUUCAUGCUGCAGCUGGAGAACAAUGGACUCAGAUUUCUGCAGCCGCAGUACUUCAUGAACACAGGUCUCUACAAGCUGCAGAUCAAGCAUAAUCCUCUGGCGGACAUUCCAGACGAAGCCUUUGUAGGUCUCGAGAGAUCAUUAUGGGAGCUCGAUUUGUCCUAUAAUCAACUCGCGAAUGUACCGAGCAAAUCCUUCAGACAUCUGCAAAAGCUGCGGCUUCUCGAACUCACAGGCAACAAGAUCUCCCGCGUCGCUCCGGAGAAUUGGCGCGGCUUGGAAAACUCACUGCAGACUCUACGUCUCGGUCGCAACGCGAUCGAAAAGCUGCCGGCCGACGCCUUCGCUGGUCUCGCGUAUCUAGAGGUCCUCGAUCUGCGGGAGAACAACCUGAAGGAGAUCGAUCCGUCGGUGUUCAGAGACGGGAUGGCCCACUUGACACACCUUUACCUAAAUGACAACCAGCUGACGCACGUGCCGUACGCCCAGCUGUCCCAGUUGAAGCGCAUGAAGAUCCUCAAUCUCAGCUACAACAGGAUCUCGAAGAUGCUGCAGGCUCAACAAGAGCCCGAGAUCAUGGGCGUGCAGAUGUCCUUGGAUGUGCUGCAGCUGGACUACAAUCAGAUCGAGACUCUGGCGCCCGGUGAUUUUCGACACUUUUUCAAAGUCAAUCGCACGUAUCUCAGCGGCAAUCCUCUGACGGUGAUCGAGGAGGGCGCGUUCAGAGACUCGCGCAUUCGCGAGCUGUACUUGAGCGACUGCGAUCUGCUGGAGGUCAACUCGGUGAACUUCGCCGGCUUGGAGUCGUCGCUCGAGUUGUUGGACGUCUCGGGUAACAACAUAACCGCCCUGCCCAACCGGCUGUUCCAGGAGUUCGACUUCCUGCGUACGCUCGUCUUCCGCGAGAAUCGCAUCGACACGUUUCCGCCAACCGAGGUCUUCAACGGCUUCCAGUAUUCCUUAUACAACUUGGAUCUCAGCGGCAAGCAGAACAGCCUGAUAUCCCUUCAAGAUCUACGACAAAUGAGAAACCUGCGCUUCCUUUCAAUCUCUAGAAUGCCGCAGCCGACUUUGUCGCCGAAUGACUUUCAUGAAUUCGGCAUGGACAUCAAGGAGCUGCGGAUAAUUCAUAGUAAUUUGAACGCCAUCAAGAAUCACGCUUUCACGCACGUUCGCGGAAUCAAGUAUCUUGAUUUCUCCGAAAAUUCGAUAUCGACGAUAGACGACGAUGCUUUCUCAGAGGUGGGUCAUUCUUUAUUGACGUUGAGGAUGUCUCAUGGCUUAUCCUCUUCGAUUUCCGAAAUACCAAGCCGGCCGCUUAAAUCGCUGACGAAUCUACAAUAUCUCGACUUCAGUAACAACAAAAUUCGUUCCUUGCCCGCCACGUCGUUCCACUUCCUAAAGAGGAUCAAGCGCAUCGAGCUCCAAGAUAACGAAAUCGACAAUAUACCAAAAGGGACCUUUCAGGGCGACAUCCAUUCCACGCUAGAAGAGAUCAAUUUUGCAUUCAAUCAAGUGAGGGGCCUGCAAACCCACACGUUUGUCGAUCUGUUAGCUCUGAUGACGAUCAAUCUGGAGGACAACGCCGUCGAGAAAAUUGAAAGGCGGACCUUCAUGAAUAUGAACCGACUUAAGUAUAUCAACUUACGCGGCAACAAGAUUAGAGACAUCACUGAUGAAGCCUUUCAAAAUCUGCCAGACCUUGAGUUUCUCGAUCUCGCAUACAACAAGCUCAAUGAAUUCGAUUUCGCUUCCUUCGAUCAAGUGGGCACACUGUCAUCAUUCAAAGUCAACGUUAGCCACAAUGAAAUUUCGAGAUUGUGGAUAAAUAGCACUAUUUUUGCUUCCCCGUCUGUCAUCGGCGGCAACGUGCAAUCGAACAUCAAAGUCCUAGAUUUGAGCUAUAACAAUAUCUCCGACAUCAUAAAGUAUUACUUCAAACCGGUCGAGUAUUCGCUCACUCAUCUAUACUUGUCGAACAAUCAACUGAGGAACGUCACCCAGGGUGUCUUCGGCAACAUGCCGCACUUGCAGUGGCUCGACCUGAGACACAAUGAUUUGACAGAGGUGGACUUUGACUGCUUCAAAAAUACGAAGAACCUGCAGGUGUUGCUUCUUUCCUGGAACGACCUUACGGACAUCCCGGCAGAGGCUCUGAGGCCCUUGAAGAAGCUGCGCAUCGUAGACUUGUCGCAUAAUCAAUUGAGAACACUGCCGGAUAAUAUGUUUAUUGAUUGCAACAUAGAAAGCCUUGAUCUCUCGCAUAAUCAGUUUACAAGACUCCCCAUUAAAAGUAUGUCGCUAACCUCGCUCGCAAGCUUGGCGAACUUGGACAUGUCUUGGAAUAUCCUAUCAGGAAUCCAUAGUACCGACACGAUUUUCAGGCUCAGAGGUCUCGUAUGGCUAGAUCUGUCGUACAACCGACUUGUUAGACUGGACGACGGUGUAUUUUCCGAUCUACCGCACUUAACUCAUCUCGAUCUGAGCCACAACAAGCAACUCAUCUUGGAAACUCGCGGAAGAACAUUCUACGGUUUAGAGGACACGCUUCUUUAUCUCAGUCUGAGCAAUAUUUCUCUCUUGAGUGUUCCAGAGCUGCCUCUGAGACGACUGCAAACUUUGUACUUGGCGCAUAACGAGUUGGCGUCGAUACCUGCGGAAAUGUCGUCGAAUCUGACGUCUCUUCACUAUCUAGAUUUAAGUUACAACGAUUUGACAGUGGUGCCAUUGAUCACUCACACACUACCGGAAUUAAAGAUCUUCAAUCUGGCGGAUAAUCCCAUCACCGCCAUCACGAACACGAGUUUCCUUGGCGUGGCCGACAGUCUUGAGGAGCUGGACAUACGAAGACUCACUCUGUCAAUCUUUGAGGCGGGUGCGCUAUGCAAGGCCACAAAACUCCGCAAGUUGCGCAUCACCACGUACAAUGGUAUCAAGAACUUCAAUUUCCCUAACAUUCUGGAGUACAAUCACGGCCUGAAGCAUUUGCUUAUUGAUGUUCAGAACGACACUGAUUUAGAGAAGGAAAUGAGGGGGAAGCUGCCCUACAAGCUGUACAACAUCACGUUGACCGGUAAAAUUUUGAAGAGCAUACAUCCGGAGAUACUGCGCGGCGUGCGAAAUCCUCAUCUUCAUUUUGGAUUAUAUAACACCAGUGUGGCGACCAUUCCGCGGGAGAUAUUUAGCAAUGCGCAGCGAGUGCGAAAUGUGACCGUGGAAAUUCGCAACAGCGGCACUCGAACACUGCAUAAUCCGUCGUCUGGCUUUAAACCCGGAGUGCCGGGAAAACGGUUUUUGAUGAAGCUCCGAUUAGCGGGCAAUUACCUCAACUGCGAUUGCGAUAUCGGAUGGAUCGAAGUAUGGCAAAGAAAGCAUAGACAGUAUCAGGAGGACCGGUGUACCUCUUACAGCGAAUUCAAAAACUUUGAACGCGAAGAAGGCGACGAAUUUAAUUGCUGGGACAACGGCUGGGAUGAUGACAUCCGCGAGACGUUCUGCUUGAACAAGAACAACGCAUCAUUGUCGAACACAUUGAAAACGGAACUGGAAUGUGGAUGGGGCGUGGCGAGUCAGACUGUUGCACCAAGCACUCUCGCUCUCUUAUUGUUCUCGAUCAUGCUAGCUUUCGUUUAUUGAGCACCACGUUAUUUCAUUGCCUUUUAAACAUCCUCGUAACAAAUUCGUGAAUUCUCUUAAAAAUAUCGAAAAUAUAUUGAUAGUUUUAUAAGAAAACAUGAUUAUAUAUCAUACAUACUCAUAUAUUUGUAUAAAAGAGGAUCAAUUCAAAAUUAAAGGACGACAAGGAUAUGUUUUAUAAUAUUGCAAUUUAAUCGCGUGUUACAAAUUUAACCGCGAUACCUACUGCCAUUUGUACAAUUGGAAAAACGAUGAAAUCGAAUAUAGAUAUAAGGCAAAUGUAUACGCUGAGCAAUUGCACAGCCAGUAUCGCGAAUUUCACCAUUUUCUGUUGAAGAUCCUUGGUUCUGCGUAUGCUCAUCACUUUGUCUAACACAAAUCUUAAGAUGAAGGGAAACAUCUGGAAUUCAGAUUUUAAGAUACGUUUGUUCUUUAUUUUUGUUUUUCCGGAGAAGAGUUUAGAAACAUCUGUGCAAUUACUUGGAUAAUGGGGACGACAUUAAUGAUUACGUGUAUCAAAGCCCACAGAGAUCGUGCGGUAGCCUGAACCAUUACUAUAAUUAAGGCAGCAAAUGAAUAUUCAGUACGUGGCGUAUCGUAUGAUUCCUGAUAAUUAGCUAAAUAUUCUCGACAAUCGGUAAAAAUGCUUUGCUCCGUUCUUCCCUCCUGAGGUUCAUCCUCUCUAAGAACGUCAUUCUCUACAAUGUUACAACAUGAUUCAAUUGUGCUUUCGGUUUUUUUAUAAAUAUCGUUUUAAAUGCAUUAUGUCAACUAUAUGCGAUUUGUUCUAAUCUGCACUGUCUGCAUAUUUUAAUUAUAUGUUUGUUGCGUAACAAUGUUGUCUUCGAAUUGUUAAGUAUACUUUACAUAAUAAUUAAUGAAGUGUAAUUUAUUGAUUAAGUUGAAUAAUGAACUUAAAAAAAUCGGUUAUAAUUAUUUAAGUAAUACAUCUUAUUUAUUAUUAAAAUCUUAAUAUCGAGUAAUAAAGUUUUAAAAAAUAAUUUAAAAAA